UUAGCUUUGUAGAGAUUCAUUUCCCAACAGCACUGUUAUCUUUGUUGGCUGGAUGGAUAUGCGUAUAUGGACUCCAAAUAAGCACCCUUAGAAUGAAACUCCUUCGACGCAGAACCAAGAUGCGUUUGAAGCAGUUGAGGCAAAGGGUCGCUGAGGAUUUUAAGGGAAUUUCGUAGUGAAAUCCAGGCAGCCAUCAGGGAGAAUAUUUCGUAUUGACCAGACUGUGCUAGCCCUUUGUGAGUUUGGUAUUCCCGUCUUGAUUUUUGCCCUCACAUUUUGCGAGAUCUUCCAGCACGGACCUUUGCUUGCAGACCGUCGUGCAUCGUAAAACAUGGCCUAUACCAACGUUAAGAACCAUAUUUAGCUGUACGUAUGUAUGGAUAAAAAUGAGAGGGGUGGCAUGUUCAUAUUGUGUUUCUCCUUGUAAUGUUACAUAACUUUUGUUUGGUACACCAAGUUUGUCUGCUAUGCACUCUCAAUAAUAGCUCCAGGCGAUUCACGUUGACUUUUAUUGUUUUCCACAAUAUUAUUAGGUAGACUUGUUUAUACUUUUCGCGAAUUUGGAGUUCUUUCUAUUAAUACUACGCACGCGAACUUCCGGGACCUGCUACGAGUACUUCUUUUGCAGUACAUGUGAGCAGAAACAUUUUGCGUAUUAGGGUUCCAACUCUCUCGCCCUUAAGAGUGCACUGCAGUGGUAGAAUGGCAGCAUAAAUAUUCCUCUGUCCGUAUCUUCCAAAUAUUACGGGAAAAGUUUAUAUACAUACAGCCCGAAAUGCAGUAUUCAUUUCUGGACUUCUGCAAUCAUAUCUUUGUUUUUGUCAGAAAAUGAUCCUUCGUAUAUGUAUCAAAUUUAUUUAUCAACAUCACGAAAAUACGCAGCCAUUGAUGUUUCUGUAACAGGAUAGUUAUACGUAUGUAUGGUCACACAGUAAAUAUUGUGGUGGUUUGAGAGGCACGAGGAUGAAAUCGCGUUGUAUUGACUACAAUGUAGAUAUGAAUGUAGCUGCUUGCUAUGCGUAUUCUACGUAUUUCAUGAAUUAUUCGCCACAUCUGAAUAAGUUACCAACGGCUAAAAAUCAACACAUCGUUCGUUGGUGAAAGGUGAAAAGUGAGUGGAGCGAAUAAAUAAGUUAUCUACCUCAAAUCCAUUCUCAAACUCAAGAAAAAUCUACUUUCCCCAGGGUGUACGUUACCUUUAGACCAGUGAGACCCCCAUCUUGUCACAUAGCGUCACGCAAUUUGGUUCCCUCUCGUCCUCAAUAUUUGUGGAGGAUGCCUGAACAUUUCAGUCACUCAAAAUAGAUUAAAUCUAUUUUGAGUUCGAUUUGUGAUGCAAACAUGCAAACGCGUUUGCUGGGAAAGAGGAGGGCCACACCCCCUUUUUUACGGUCUUUAUGGGAAUUUUCCGGGAUUUUCUUCCCGAAAAAAAUACACAAAUCGAACUCACGAUAGAUUUCAUGAAUUUUUGUUCAAAAUAAUAGUGAUGAGGUUUUGGCACGCUAGGAAAAAUUAAGAAGAAAUAACAAAUGAGAAGUUGAUCCGAAGUUUACUUUCUCCGUUCUUUUACACUCUCUCGCAGCUUGAGACCUUUAUUUUUAUGGUUGAGUAAUGAGUUCAUAUUGGUGGAUAAAGAAAGAUCAAGGCUCUUCAUCCUACAGAUUUCUCUAUUUUUCCGUCGGUGUCAAAUGCAUAGGUUUGAUUCACAAAAAAAGGAAGUCUUAACUUGGUGGAUAAAGAAGGGAUCUAAUUCUAUUGUAUUCCCCAGAUAUUAUUUCCCUACUACUCCAGCCAACAUUCCUUGUUUCUUGAUUUAUGAUUUAUGAUAGGAAAGAUGCAGCAUUAUUAUAAGCAGACGUUUUCUUAGAUUAUAUUCUAAUCCAAUUACAACAUGUGGCUAAAUGUGGCGUUUUUCCAUGCUAAAUUGUAAGCAUUGCGUACGUGCGAAUCAAUAUGAAAAUAAAGACGUAUGUAAAUAAAAAUGUGAAACUUAAGGUGACAUAAGCAUGAGUUAAGCGACACAGACAUUCCGGAAAACUCUAUAAUAUUGCAUUAUUGCAUUCAUUGUCUACAGUAAAAUAUUACAUAAUUUUACACAGGAGCAGAGUACAUUGGAAUUUAUAGAUUUGUUGUCAUUGUGCAGAUAAACAAUACGUACAAAAGCUCAUAUUUAUAUGUAUUUAGUUGCCCGUUUUCUACCUCUGCCUCACAUUGGAUACGCUGGAUUUUUAAUAGUAUUUUAUUAAUAGCCGGCACACAAAAGCACAUUAUGUGUCUCUGGUAACUUUGGUAGUCUAGUAAAGCUUAGAAACGUGAUUAUUAUCAUGCAAUGGAUUAUUAGCCAUGAACUAAAAUAAUCAUUAUGAAAAUUAUACAUCGUUUAAAGAAGAAAUGGAAGUUUUGGAAAUUGGGUGCAGUUGAAAGAUACUAUUUUGAGCUUAAAGACAAUAAUACUUUCCCAUUUCAGGAUUUGGGUGAUGGCUUUUACUACAUUUUAAUUCGGUCUGACAAAUUUGCGUUUGGAAUAGUACUUAUCAUUAUUGCGAUAAUAUGUUUCACCUUAUUCACCAUCAUCAUCGGCUAUUUUAGUUUUCCCCUCAUACUUUUUCUAAUGGUUUUGGGCUACGGAGUCUUUUGUCUUUAUGGGAAUGUUUCACCAAAAGAACUCAUCAUCAACAGGCACGCCGGAUAUAUACUACGAAUCAAAGGAAAUGAGAAGAUAGUGGUGGAGGAGCCGAUUAACAACAUUUACAUAAAACUGCAACGAAAAUUCGACACGAAUCUUUUGCCACAUUACUACCUGAUCUUGGGAGGAUACCGACUUGAUGACAUUCGUCUCACUGGGUUUUGCAUGAAAGACGGCCCCUUGAGGAUUCUUGGAGGUGGAGUUGCAGCCAGAAUGGGCAUUAAUUUCUUCGACGUGGACAAUAACUCUACCAUGCACAAAAUCUAUCACUAUGCGGAUCGAAGUAUACUUUCCCCUCCGGAAACUGACACCACCAAAUUCCUCGCCCUCCACGGUUUGACCAACAAGGAUGUCGACAUGGCACGACAGGAGGACAUGACAGAAGACUACUCCAAAACACCAGGGACCAUUGUGAAACGCAUCCUAGAAAAUUACGGCCAAUCUCCCAAAAUCAACCGACGCCCCUCACACGUGGAGGAUAAGCCCAGGAGCAAGACCUUAGCCACCCUGCUCACUCUGGACCAAGAACGGCAAUCAAAGACCCCCCCAACCUCAGCACAUCCCAAGGAUAUUCCGUCAAACUUGACUGUUAAUACGACUAAAUAACCGUGCGACCAAGUCUAAUUUAAACCCAUGAAAAGUUUAUGCCAGUUUAUGUAUGGAGAAAAAGUCUGUUGAAAAUAUAGUGCAAUAAGCAUAGAUCUACAACAUUUGAGAAUUAUAAGCCAGGGACAGAAGGAUUUUUUAGAAUUUUCAUGAAACGAGGAGCCCAAUUGAGACGAGAGCGGGCUGGUGGACGCGGGUGAGAAUGCUUGCUGAACCGGACUUUUUAUUCGUCUUAGCAAUAUUAUUAUUUACUUCGGAAAGAAGCAUCUUUUUUACCCAAAUUACGUAAUAUUUGUUCUAGCUAUUUGUAAAACGAUAUGCACAACUUUUAAUUCUAAUUCUUAUUAGCACCUACGUAUUAACGUUUUUAUCUGUAAGUCUUGACCGACUUUAUUGGGUGCUAUUGAAGCGAAUAGAUUUGGAAUAAAUCAGUUAUCGUGGAGAAUUACAUUUGUCCUUCAUUUGCGUUUGGGAAAAACUUACUUGGACAAUUUAGAAA